AUGCCAAUUAUACUCAACACAAGAGAUAGGAUCUCAGAACCAUUCCGAAGGCUGAUUGGGGGGAAAAGAGAGAAACCAAGAGAGAAGAAGAAAAAAAAUGACAAAGACAGUGGUAAACAAAACAAAACAAACAUAUUGGAAGACAAUAGAACCGUUUUGUUUUCGUUGUCUCGAUCAGAAAUAGCAGUAUAUAAAUGCUCUCAAAAUUCUGACAUGCAUGAGAUUAUCAAAAUGAAUAAGUCGAGUAUUGUUUCCAAAGGAAAGUUUGAGAUAUAUCAGAUUAAUUCCCUUUUCAACUACUUGAUAUGUGGUUCCAUAACUCACCCUAUACUCCCCUCUUGUAAGAUUAUCAAGAUUAAUACCAACGCAUAUGUAAUACCUAUUCAAAACCCUAUGCGAUAUUGGCGUUUAACGUUAGACACUGAAAAUGAGUUAGAAAUAUCCCGUUUUGAGGCAGUAGUAUCUCCCAUAUCAAAAUUCAGCGUGGAAUUAUUGCCACAGUAUACGUUUGAAUCACCAUUCAACACAACACUUGACGAAACUUCUUUGGCUACUGUUGUAUCCCAGCCUACUAUAUUUCACCCAACUCCGAUACGACCUAAUUCUACAUCAUCUACCUCAUCGAUUUCUUUGUUGAAUCAAUACAAUUCUGAUAUUUCAAGUAUAGUGUCAAUAGGCAAACGAACGAAUUCAUCAAAAGGGAGUGAUAACCGUGCACUAUCAGAGGCUACUGAACUUUUUUUCCCGCCUACAGAAAUUGACUCUGAUCUAGACGCCGAUUUACAAUUAGAGGCGGAUGAACUUAACACACAAGAAUUCGACACUGUGUUAACAAAAGAUUUGCUUGAUGAGUUCUUGGAUAUCGAUGAAAAAGAUGAUCUUCUGAAACUUUGGAACGAUCAAGCUGAUGGUAUAACGAAACGGUACUCUUUGUCAUUUAGAAAUUAUGAUACUAGGAAGCCUUUACCUCUGGAUAUUUUUGAUAAAUAUGCGCAUGAUCAAAGCUUCUCAGACAUACUAAAAUCAAAUUCAAGUACUGGUUUACUUAAUAAAUUUUUAGAUUCUCUAUAA